UAGUGUGUGUAUGUCGGUUUGGAUUCCUCAUUUUCCUCUUUCUUUCUCUUCUCUCUCCUCUUCUCUCUCACUAACCUCUACCCUGUUUUUUUCUCUGCCGCGCACGCACAGUUGGCUCACUCUCUCCUCUUCUUCUCUUCCUGCAUGUCGGUUUAAUAAGCUUUCUUCUCUCUAGCAACAAUAUUUCGAUACUCUCCAUUUCAAAUCUCUCUCUCUCUCUCCUCUCUCUCUCUCUCUCUCUCUCUCUCUCUAUAUAUAUAUAUAUCUCCUCUGUUUCUCUCUCAUCACUGGUGAUUAGUGAUCAGUGAUCCCUCUCUUCUCUAUCUCGAGUCCGAUCUCUUUCUUUCCCACCAAAUGUUUCUCUCUCGCCAGAAAUCAAAUGGAUCUAUUUCAAUCUCAUUCACAACUUCCCUGAUUGCUCUGUUUUGAUCUUGAUCUCUUUCUUUCUCCUCUUUCUCUCUCUUCCCCUGUUUCUCGACUCUUUCCUUUCGAUCAAAUCGCCGAUACCCAGUUCAGUUUUGGACCUCCUCUCAACUGGGUCCAGCUCAGAUCUUCGAAAUAACCGAUACAAAAUGUUGGAUCAGAGUGACAAACGAUCAGAGCCGUUAGAUGACAACAUCACCGGGAAAAACUCAAAUGGGAGUUCAUCAUCAGAGGAGAGCCAAAAGAAAACCUGCGCCGAUUGUGGGACCACCAAAACCCCUCUCUGGAGAGGUGGGCCAGCCGGGCCUAAGUCUUUAUGUAAUGCAUGUGGGAUCAGAAGCCGGAAGAAGAGAAGAGCGAUUCUGGGUUUGAACAAAGGAAGCUCCGAAGAGCGAAAAUCCAACAAAAAAAAUGGAAAUAAUAAUAAUGGGAAAUUAGGUGAUGGGCUGAAGCAGAAAUUAAUGAUGGCUUUGGGAAGAGAAGUUUUGAUGCAGAGAUCAACGGUGGAGAGACAACGAAAGAAGUUGGGUGAAGAAGAACAAGCGGCUGUGCUUUUGAUGUCUCUCUCUUAUGGCUCCGUUUAUGCUUAGGAGAGAAAAUAUAAUUAUUAAUAAUAAGAAUUUGGGAUUUUUAGAGUUUUUUGUUUAGAGAUUUGUCUCAAGUCUAACCUCUCUCUUUCUCUCUCUAAAAAUUUAUCUUCUUCCUUAUGUGCCUGUCCCUAUAA